AUGAUUUUCAAUGUGGACGUUUUCAACGCACUAUACGUGUCGAGCUCAAUGCAGGCUUCUCAGUCGAUUAUGACUGUUGUCCAGAUGGUUGCUUUAGAUGCACUUCUCGCAUGGAUUCCCGCGGGGCAUCCAUUAAAGAACGCUAGCUUUAUCGAGAUUGCUAUUCAAAUAACCGAUGAAGACCCCCAAGCUAGAGAUCGUCUCGCUCAUCCACUCGAGUUGAUUCCUACUCAAAAGUCUCUGGCCACCAUUUUCACGGCCAAAGAGCGACAAAGAUUCCUUCAGCACAGUGCGAGAGUGUUGUUUACAACAGAGUUUGUCAUCCUGGUCGAGUACACGGAAGUCAUCGUGCCGUUUAUCUACAGUACCGAUGUACACAGUUGGGAUUCAUUUGACGACACGGGGUUAGCCAGUAAUCUCGGAAACAUCGUCACGUUUGGAUUCAUAGAGCUCGGAUCGUUGCUGGUCAUCGGAUACCUGAUUCAACGAAUGCUCAAUAUCUCGAUGCUGUACCUGCUUGUGUUCGUACUCGAUCGAAGUUGGCGCAUGGUGCAGUCAAAUCUGUUUUUAUGGAUAUGCUAUACCAUUCAAAACUCGCUAGAACACAACGGUACGUUGACAUAUUCGGAUGGCUAA